AUAACGAUCAGUCCAGUGCGGGACGUGAAAGCAACCGAAGGUAGAGUGUUUUGCUCAUUCUGCUCUUCGCCACCUGUAGCCCAUUUUGAUCGCUAAAUACUAGAGCAAGUGAAAAAAAAUUGCUUGCGAUUGUAAACCUGAUUGGUGGGAAAUAUGGGAAAUCGACUUUGGCACAUACAUUGUUUCCUCAACUGCGGAGAGCAGAUGUUAAAUUACAUAUGAGAGCUGUAAGCAGUUUAAUGCAAAUUUCAAUAGAACUUUUUGGUGCUUUUUGGCCGUAACUGAGGCGAAAAAAACAACAUACGAAUACGUAUAAAUAUUAAGCAAUAUUAUUCAUAUCAUGCAACUUAUUUUAUUAAAGAAACUUAUUUAUUAUGACGUACUAAGGAAAAAAACAGGUGCAGUGUUGCUUUCGUCGUAAGAUGCGGUCUAAAUAUAAAUCAUGAUUUGUACUGAAAAGAAAUUUAAAUAUUAAGUUUUGGAAUGUCCUUCAUAAUACUUUUAAAACAUUCUAACUAUCACCGUCUUGUUCAUUUUAAGGAGAAGCGUUUUUUUAUGCAGUAUGUGUAGUGAAACGUUGACUUGUAAAAAUAAUUUGAGUGAACACUCACUUGUUCAUAGUGAAGAAAAGUCUUAUUCAUGCAGUGUUUGUAAUAAAACAUUCACACUGAAGGAAAAUUUGAAAAGACAUUAUAUUACUCAUACUGGAAUGAAGCCAUUCAGGUGUAUUUUGUGAGAUAAAACAUCAUUUGUGUGAUAAAACAUCUAUGCAGUAUGAAUAGCGAAACGUUGAAUUUUAAUAAUAAUUUGAAAGAACACUCACUUGUUCAUAGUGGUGAAAAGCCUUAUUCAUGCAGUCUGUGUAAUAAAACAUUCACACUGAAGGAUAAUUUAAGAAGACAUUAUAUUACUCAUACUGGAAUGAAGCCAUUCAGGUGUAAUUUGUGUGAUAAGACAUUCAAUCUGGAAGCUAAUUUAAAUAGACACCGUCAAACUCAUACUGGAGAAAAACCUUUCAUGUGUAAUGUAUGUGGUAAAUCGUUUCCACAUAAAGCAAGUGUAAAAAGGCACUCCCUCAUACACACUGGAGAACGGCCUUAUUCGUGUAGUGUUUGCAAUAAAACAUUUAAACAAUUAGACCAUUUAAAUAAGCACUCACUUGUUCACAUUGGAGCAAAGCAUUUUUCAUGCAGUGUGUGUGAUAAAAAAUUCUCCCGGAAAACUAGUUUAAGAAGACACUACCUCGUUCAUACGGGUGAAAAACCUUAUUCGUGCAGCGUGUGUAAUAAAACAUUCGCUCAUAGAGAAAUUUUAAAGAAGCACUCUUUUAUUCAUAGCAAAGAGAAACCAUAUUCAUGCAGUGUUUGUGAUAAAACGUUCAUGCAGUUAGCCCAGUUAAAUAAACACUCUAGUAUCCACACCAAAGAGAAACCACUGUAUUCAUGCAGUGUUUGUGAUGAAACAUUCACACGGAUAACCCAUUUAGAUAAGCACUCACUCGUUCAUGACGGAGAGAAGCUUUAUUUAAACAGUUCCUGUGAUGGAGUGUUCAUGCAGAAUACUGUUUUAAAUAGCAACAAUGCCGUAGAGUUGCUCUCGUGUCGUGAAUGUCGUCAAACAUUUUCUGACGAGGACAGUUUUAAUAGACACUGUCUGGUUCAUACUAGUCCAAAGUCGUUUUCGUGCAAUGUAUGCAAUAAGACAUUUCUACUGGAAACUGAUCUAAAUAAGCACGCUUCUAUUCAUACAGACAAAAAGCUUUAUUCGUGCAGUGUGUGUAAUAAAUCGUUCAAUCAUAAAGGUACUCUAAAUAGACACUACCUUAUUCAUAGCGGAGAGAAGCAUUAUUCAUGCAGUGUGUGCAAGAAAACUUUUGCUCAGAAAACUGGCUUAAAUACACACUUCCGUGUUCAUACCGGAGAAAAACCUUAUUUAUGUAAAGUUUGUAAUAAAACAUUCACCCGGAAGGCAUAUUUAAAUGAACAUUCUGCUAUACAUACUGGAGAAAAGCACUUCUCAUGCAGUGUGUGUGAUGAAAAAUUCCGGUUUAAAUCUAAUUUGAAUAAACAUUUUCUUGCUGCUCAUAAUGAAGAAAAAGUAGAGUUAUGUUAAAUUUUAUUCUUGUCACAUAAAAUCUUUAUAUGAUGCAUAUAUGAUAGAUUCUUUCUAUUAUGUCUAAUCAAACUUUCAAAUACAGAAAAAAUAAGAAAGUGUUUAAAUAAAUGUUCGUAUUAGAGUA